AUGGAGCAACAGGAGGUUCAGCGCAGGGAACCUGCCCAGAGUGUGCUGAGCAUGGGCUCCUUCUUGAGGAGAUGGCUACUAUCCACCCCCGUCGCGGCGUCGACACGAGCGCACUGUCAUCGCUCACGCCUUCCAAUCAAGGUCACUCGAUCUUUAGGGGAGGAUGAAGAAUAUCCUGCCUUUUGGCAGAAUGGUGCUCUGACCUCUCUCUUCUUUAUUUGCAGAUGGAAAGGGCCAGCAGACCAUUCGCCUAAAACAACAUCGAACGUCCCUUGGAAAUUUGUGAAAACAAUGAGAGUUCAACUGAAGGGUGAUGCCAUCUGUACACUCUUCCUGGUGGUAGCGCUCUUCACCAUCCUCUAUUCCCAGCUGGGUCACACUUCCCUUCGAGAAGAACAAGUGAAGGUCCCAAAGAGGCCUUCGCCAUCAACACGUAGGGCCUUCCAUGCCCUCCAAAGGAAGCUGGAUGCCAGGCCGACAGCAUCCGGGCCCAGAAUGAUUUCAGCCAUGAAGCAUCUGAAGGUGGCAAGUCAAAGCCACGUGGGCACCAGCCCUCCACCUUCAACACCUUCCGCCUUUGAUUUCAGGCAAUACCUUCGGGACAAAGACAACAGGAAGUUUGAUAUUCUCAUUAACCAACCCAAGAAGUGCAAAAGGAACCCAGGCGGUCCUUUCUUGCUCAUUGCGGUCAAAUCCCUGGUGGAGGACUUUGACCGCCGGGAGAUUGUCCGGAAAACCUGGGGAAGGGAAGGGUUGGUGAACGGAGCUCAGGUUCAAAGGGUUUUCCUCCUGGCUGUCCCGAAGAAUAAGACGACUUUGCCGACUUGGGAGACUCUCGUCCAACAGGAGAGCCAGAUGUAUCGGGACAUCCUCUUGUGGGACUUCCUCGACACCUUCUUCAACUUGACUCUGAAAGAGAUCCAUUUCCUCAACUGGGCGGACGAGUUUUGUUCCAACACCAAGUUCAUCUUCAAGGGCGACGCUGAUGUCUUUGUCAACGUGGAGAACAUUGUGAACUUCCUCGAGAGCCGCGAUCCCGCCGAGGACCUCUUCGUGGGGGACAUCAUCUACAACGCACAACCGAUCCGGACGCACAAGAGCAAAUACUUCAUCCCAGAGACAAUGUACGGGUUGGGCAUGUAUCCGGUCUAUGCUGGAGGCGGAGGGUUCUUGCUCUCCAGCAGUACCAUGAGGAAGCUCUCCCAGGCCUGCAGCCAGGUGGAACUCUUCCCCAUUGACGACGUCUUCUUGGGCAUGUGCCUCCAAAGAAUCAACCUGAAGCCUGUCAUGCAUGAAGGGUUCAAGACCUUUGGGAUUACCAAGCCCUCCGCUGCGCCUAACCUGCAGACUUUUGAUCCUUGCUUUUACAAAGACCUCAUGGUGGUCCAUAGCCUGAAGGUGGCGGAAAUCUGGCUGAUGUGGAAUCUACUCCACAAUUCGCGGCUCUCUUGCACACAAAGGAAGCAAGUCAAGAAGGCUUUCCGAUGGAAAAUGAAAACUAAAGAGACUACCCUUGGUUAUCCUGCAUGAGAUUGACAUACAAACAGUUAUGUUCCACACCCAACACAACAGACACCGAAUCCUUGCCUUAGGCUCAUUGUCCGAGUAGGAUAGUCUUCCAAGAUCAGUGUUCUGGUGGGUCUGUAGGUAAUUGUGGAGCCCUAUUCUUAAUAUGCAUCUUCUCCCGCAGUCAGGGGCGGCUCGUCCAUUAUGCAAAGUAAGCGGUCGCGGUACACUUUUUUUUUUGCCAGGGGCGCAGAGGUGCCUCUGCAAAUGCCCCUCGACUGCCACUUGAGGAGCGCCCCCUCGGCUCACAACAGCCCUAGCAGUCCGGUGGGAGCCUCAACUUCCUUGCCUCACUGCCGGGCAAUCCUCUUCCCGAAGGGGCCGGGCCCUUGAGCCUCCCCUAGCCCCUCUCGUUCUUGCUCCAUAUCAGUGAUUGGUUGGGGGGGGGCACCAAAAUACUGUUUGCUUACCAUUGAAAAUUACCUAGGGCCGCCUCUGCCCGCAGUGAGGGCAUUGGUUUCCUGACGGAAGGCGGUCUCGGUUGCCUUCCUCUUGGCACGUUUUUCUCUUUCGCCUUCCAUUUGUGCCUCUUCAAAUAAUAAUAAUAUAAUAAACUGUAUUUAUACCUGUUGCAUCCCAGUUCAAGAAAUGAGACCAUAAGAUUAAAUCCACCACACUGGACUG